GGAGGGAAAAACCAGAGAGAGAGAAAGAGGCAAACUUUAAAUAUAAAGCAGGCGUCAGGGUCGGGAUCAAACCCACCAACUCUUGUAUACCAACUUUCUGUAGAAGUAUGAGUUUAUCUCUCGACACUCAUCUCAAUAAUGAGCGACCACAGUUGAGCCUCGCUGAGUUAUAUUAACAAUAGCACUCAUUUCUGUAAGUGUCAAGGUGUGUCCAGUAGCCGUGUUCACCUUAAGGCUGCUGUUUGUGCACCUAGGGGCACGUGUUCCCAUUCCAGGGAGUAUCUCGUGAUGUCAGUGACGACAAUGAAAACAUUUUAAAGUAUUUUACUUCCUUCUUCACCGUCGCUAUAAGAGAGAGGUCCUGGUCCAGCGUCUCUUUGAGCCACAUAGCGGACGAUCCCAUCGACGCCUUGGGUCAUGGCGAGUGCGACUCCCAGUGAGAGUGUGGAUAGUGAGCUGUGCUGCUCCAUUUGCCUGGACACGUUCGUCUGCCCCUCCACGCUGAGCUGCGGACACUCGUUCUGCCUGCGGUGCCUGGAAGCCGCCUGGGAGACGGCGAGCAGCUUCAGCUGCCCGCAGUGCCGAGCGAACUUCCCUGUGCGACCCCAGCUGAAAAGGGACGUGGCCCUUGCCAACCUGGCGGAGGAGUUCAGAGUUGGAGAUGGGAUGGCCACGGCCGUUGUUUGUGACAUCUGCGGUGAUGGCCACACUCCUGCAGUGAAAACCUGCCUGAGAUGCGAGAUGUCCUACUGUUUUUCCCACUACAAGCCUCACGUGGAGAAUCCCAGAUUGAGAGACCACGCUGUGGUGGAUCCCACUGCGAGCUUGGAUGAGCGAAGUUGCCCUCAGCACAGCGAGGAGCUGAAAUUCUACUGCAGAGUAGACAGCAGCCUGGUCUGCUCAUCUUGCACAAUCGCAGGUGAACACAUAGGACACAAGGUCCUGACGCUGAAGGACGAGCACGAGACACGGAAGACACACGUUGGGGAGGAGACGCGAGUGGUGGAGGAGAAGAGGAAGGAGGCGGAGGAGUUCGUGAAGCGGAUGGAGGCUGCUCGCAAGAAGGCGCAGGAAUCGGUGGCCGGGAUCAGGGGUCGCAUCACGGGCAAGUUCGCCCGCCUAAAGAAGGCUUUGGACGAGGACGAGAGGGAGGCUCUACGUCGCUUGGCCGUGAAGGAGCGAGAGCUGCUUUCCAGGAUCGAGGAGGACAUCGCUCGUCACAAGCAGGAGAUCGGCGAGCUCCAGGCGGCGGCCGCUCGCCUGCGCACUCUGCUGCACGAGAGGGACUCGCUCGCCUUCCUGCAGGGGCACCUGGAGGAGACGCGCAGGAGAGAGAUCCCAAAGGAAUCUGCAGCCCCACCUCCCACUUCACUGGACGCCACCACGAUCCGCUCCCUUGAAAGGGCCAUGCGCAGACUCCUGCCUCUCGUCUAUGGACGCUCGCCGACUCUGGACACAAACUCAGCCCACGACCGCCUCCAGAUUUCCUCAGAUCUCAAGACGGUGACGCGGAGCGAUGUCCCCCAGGGUCACCCCCAUCAGCCACACCGCUUUGAUGUAUAUCCACAAGCCCUGUGCUUUGAGAGCUUCUCGUCGGGUCAGCACUACUGGGAAGUGGACGUGAGGAGUGCGAGGCUGUGUUGGGUUGGAGUCGCGUACGGGACGAUCCCGCGGAGAGGGUUUGGUGCUGAGUGCCGCCUGGGAGGGAGUAACGUCUCCUGGUGUAUACAGAAACAUGGCGACAGCUUCUCAGUGUGGCAUGGCGGGGUAAAGACCUCACUGUCGGUGCUGGAGCCUCCGCGGAGAGUCGGGGUCCAUCUGGACUGGGACGCGGGGCUGCUGUCAUUUUACAGUGCUGACUCCAUGGCGCCGUUGCACUCGUUUCACCAAACCUUCGCUCAUCCCCUACAUCCUGGGAUGCUGGUGUGGGGUGAUGAUGGUGACUCAGUGAGGAUUGUGGAUCUGAGUGGUGCGUCCUGAUGAGAGGUGAACGUGAACAGCGCAGAGGGCAGACGCCACGACGCACGGCGCUCGCGACCCUCGUCACCGUCACGCGCAGUGCCACGCCCGUGACUGGCUGGUGGCUGUCGGUGGCUAGGGGCUGCGUCGCUCUCCAUCACAACAGGGAGGCCUGAGCGUAAACAAACCUCACAAACUUCAUGGAGGGGAGGGGGGGGUGAUACCGCUGUGUGUGUGUGUGAAGCCCACGUGGAUGUAUUCACCCUGCCAGAGGAGUGUGACUGUAGUGUAGGAGUGCAGUGAUUAACAAUGGUGAUCUGGGAUGUGUUUAUACACUGGUGGUGUGGGAGCGAUCCAACAACAAUAAUAAUAUUAAUGUUAAAAGGUAUAAAUGUAUGCGCAUUACAAUGGCAUUGUAACGCUUAUAUCGUCGAUUCUACUGUAAAAAUACAGAACACAAACAACAAUAUAGUUGUGUACAGCGCCAUUCGUGCUCAUUGCAU